AGGCGCUUUGGAGAGUAAGUUGACUCCCUCCUCUUUAUGGCAGCCCCUCAAAUAUUGGAAUACUGCUAUCAUGCCACCCCUGGUCCUUCUCUUCGUUAAACUAGAUAUAGCAAUUCACAGGACCGUUCUUCGUGCGUUUCUGCCUCCAGUCCCCUAAUUAUCUUCACGGCUCUUCUCAGACUCAACGUGUUUUAUGGCCCCACCUCCUCCCUUGCCGGAUUGGGCGCGUAAACCCAGCGGAAGCUCCGCCCCCUUUGCAUCAAUGUGACGAUGUGAUUUUGGCGCGCUUUCGGAAGAAGUCCCGUUCUCCGCCUUUGCUGUUCCUAUUGGAGACGCCCGUUGGCUCUGAGGAGCGAAAGCCGCCAAGGAUGCGAAGCCGCGAGGAGGUUGAUGCCACGUUGCAGGUCGCUAAACUAAACCCCACGGAGCUGCUUCCGACGGUGCAGUGCCUCAGUUUCAGUCCGCAGGUCGAUGCCGGAGAUUACUGCCUUCUGCAACUGGAGCCGGAGCUGUGUCACGAGUUGGAAGCGGGGCGAAGCCUAGUGAUCCGUGGAGAGAAACAUGAACGUGCUGUGAUGUGCAGUAAGGAUAAGACUUAUGACAUGAAAAUAGCAGAUACUUCCAAUAUGUUGCUUUUUAUUCCUUCCGGUGAAACUCCAGAGCAGCUUCGUGCAGGCAAGGCUACCACUAAUAUACUCCACCCUGAGAUUGCAGGCUUCUCCAAUAAUUUUUGGGAACUAAGAAGAUGCCGGCCUAAAUUGAAGAAACUCAAGAAACUUCUGUUGGAAUAUCCUUAUGAAGGUCCAGAUAGUGAAAAAGAGAGAAUUGAUACAAAUUCAAAGUAUACAACAGAAGACUUCUUGGAUUUGGUCCAAGCAAGCGAGGAAGAAAUAAUGGAUCAACUGAAAGUUCUGAAAACAUGCAAAGUUCAAGGAUAUUGGAGGAUUCUAGACUUUGACUAUGAGAUGAAACUGUUGAAUCACGUGACCCAACUAAUAUAUUCAGAGUCCUGGUCAUUCAAUAAAGUCCCUUUAAGUAUAUGUGUUCAAGAACUUGGACCUCUAGAACCCAAAGAAAUGAUAGAACACAUUCUGGAAAGUUAUGGGAAAAAAUACAUGGAUGAAGGUGAGACUUACUUUGCAAUGAAUGAAGAGAAGGUGUGUAGAGCAAUUGCACAAAUGCUCUUGCAAAACGCUGUUAAAUUCAACCUCUUGGAAUUUCAAGAAGUGUGGCAGCAGAGUGUCCCUGAAGGAAUGACAACUAGGCUGGAUCAGUUAAAGGGGUUGGCUCUUGUGGAUAGAUCUUCUAAACCAGAGAUUAUUUUCCUGCUGAAUGUUGAAGAUUUACCAGAAGAUGAUAAUGAAAGAUUUAAAAGCUUGUUCUCUAUUCGGGAGAAGUGGACAGAAGCUGAUAUAGUUCCAUAUAUAGAAGACUUAUGCUCAGAGAAGCAAACGGCUGGCACUCUUCUAACGAAAUAUGCUCGUUCUUCAAUGCAGAAUGGACUCAAAGUUUAUAAUUCAAGAAGACCUGUUUCAUAAAACUUAUUUCAGCUGAGUAGGGGCUGAAAAUACUCUAAAGACUGUCAACUAGUAGAGCAAUUUUUUCGCCAAAUAGUUUAAGAUGCCUCACAAUUUUCUGUGAGGCAUCUAAUAAUAUUAGGAGUUCUUGAGAAUUCUUUACUGUUGAAACUGAUAUUUCUAGAAAAGUGUAAAUAGCAGUAUAUGAGUAUUUCCUUCAACUCUUUUCUGUAUUUUGUUUUAAAUCUGUAUUAAAUUUUUAAAAAUUGUAUAGAUUAAAGCACACAUUAUAAAGAAGAUCAGUUUAAGAAAGAGAAUGGUGUUUUUUUAUCUUUCCUUUAUAUUACUAACAUUUAAACUUGAUCUUUCUUGAAAGAACUAAGUCAGUCUAUCUGGACACAAUUCUGCUAUUUUGUUUGUAGCUUACAGAAUUUCCAGACACUCUAGCUUUCAAUUGAUAUUCUGGUAUUUAUAGUUCAACAUAGUUGGAGCAUAUCUUUGUCUUUGCUUUAUUUCCUUUUCUGAUACCAAAUUUUAUGUGAGCUUUUUUGGGGGGGAGGGUUACUUUUUCUUUCUGAAGAGUCUUAAAAAAUUAGAUAAAGUGAUGAAUAAACCUAACUCAGUGAUAAUCUUAAUUACUACCUGAAAUCAUCAGAUUUGUAGGUAGUGUUCUACUGAAUAUUAGUUGCUUGGAUACAUACUACCUUGCCUGUGAAUAUCUCAGACAUAAUCUGGCUGUUAGCCUUGGAAUCAGUGUACUGAAUUUGUGGGGUGUUAUUUUAUUAUUAAAUUUUCUGCAAGACUG